AUGCUCGCGGCUGCCGUCGACCCCCACAUCAACUCGUUCAACACCAUCUUCACCCGCGGCGGCCAACUCGACCAGGGCAUAAAAGACAUCGGCACCAAGAUCUUUGUCGAUGGCGACCCAUACGCAUCCCCCGAAGACGCAGGCCAGAGGAACCGUCUCUACCUGCGCAUAUCAGAAGUCUUCCUCGACAAGCCCGUCCUGCCGCCUUCGAACAAGGUCGCGCUCAAGAACCGCAACAUCUAUCCCGCCGAGGCCCGCGAACGACAUGCUUCAUACCGCGGCAAGAUGCGCGCACGGCUGGAGUGGAGGGUCAACAACGGAGAUUGGAACGAGGACGUCGUGGAUCUCGGCGGCAUACCCGUCAUGCUGAGAUCGAACCGCUGCCAGCUGGAAGGCAUGUCGCCAGCGCAGUUGGUCAAGGCGAAAGAAGAGUCCGACGAGCUGGGUGGAUACUUCAUCGUUAAUGGCAUCGAGAAGAUCAUUCGUCUCCUCCAGGUCAACCGUCGCAACUACCCCAUGGCCAUCAAGCGCGGCGCCUUCACCAACCGUGGCGCCGGCUACACCCAGUUCGGUAUCACCCUCAGAUCGAUGCGACCCGACCAGACCUCGCAAUCGAACGCCCUGCACUACCUCAGCGACGGCAACGUCAACUUCCGUUUCUCAUGGCGCAAGUCAGAAUACCUGGUUCCCAUCGUCAUGGUGAUGAAGGCUCUGGUCGAGACGAAUGACCGCGAAAUUUUCGAGGGUCUGGUCGGUGCAGCCGGUUCCGAAGGUCUUGAAGAGAAGCAGUUCGUCACCGACCGAGUAGAGCUGCUACUCCGCACAUACAAGGUCUACGGGCUACACACCAAGGCGAAGACGCGGGCAUAUCUGGGUGGAAAGUUCAAGAUUGUACUUGGUCUGCCCGCCGACGUCGCCGACGAGGAGGCCGGUACGGAAUUCCUCCGCAAGAUAGUAUUACCCCAUCUAGGCUGCGUCAAUGUCACACCAGCUCAGGAUGCCGACAAGUUCAGGAUGCUUCUCUUCAUGACCAGGAAACUCUACGCUUUGGUCGAAGGCGACUGCGCUGUCGACAACCCCGAUGCUGUACAAUUCCAAGAGAUCCUACUAGGCGGACAACUCUACGGCAUGAUUUUGAAAGAGAAGCUAGAAGAGUGGCUCAACAGCUUCCAACUUGUGCUGAGGGAGUGGGGAAGGAAGAACGAGUACAAGCCUUUCACAUCCCAAGACUUUACCAAGGACUGGAACUCCAAGAUCCUCCGACGAACAAACAUGAACCUGGGACAAGCUCUGGAGUACUUCCUCAGUACUGGUAAUCUCGUCAGUCCAACGGGUCUGGAUCUGCAGCAAACUUCUGGAUACGUCGUGGUCGCUGAGAAACUCAACUUCCCUCGUUUCAUUUCACAUUUCAGAAUGGUGCAUCGAGGUGCCUUCUUCGCACAACUGAAGACAACAACUGUCCGAAAGUUACUUCCUGAGGCGUGGGGAUUCAUGUGCCCUGUACACACUCCUGAUGGAUCGCCCUGUGGACUUCUCAACCAUUUCGCGCACAAGUGCAAGAUUGCCACUUCCAACGUCGAUGUCUCCACGAUUCCCAACCUUGUGGCGCAACUAGGCGUAUCCAGCAAGUCAGCCGCCUCUCUUGAAGCGAGUGUGGUCGUACAACUGGAUGGCCGUGUCUUAGGCUUCUGCUCGCCCAAGCAGGCCAAGACCAUUGCCGAUACACUCCGUUACUGGAAGGUUGAAGGCUCGCACAACGUGCCAUUAGAGAUGGAGAUUGGUUUCAUUCCCGGAUCCAAUGGCGGUCAAUAUCCCGGUGUCUAUCUCUUCUCACAAAGCUCUCGAAUGUACCGACCUGUCAAGUACCUGCCUCUCGGCAAGCUCGACUACGUAGGACCGUUUGAGCAACCAUACAUGUCCAUCGCCUGCACGGAUGCCGAGAUCGUUUCUGGCGAUUCGACGCAUGUUGAGUUUGACCCAACCAACAUCUUCAGUAUCAUCGCCAACCAAACGCCUUUCUCGGAUUUCAACCAAUCGCCCCGUAACAUGUACCAGUGUCAGAUGGGUAAACAAUCGAUGGGUACACCAGGAACUGCUACAGCAUAUCGAACCGACAACAAGACCUACCGCCUACAAACCGGUCAAACUCCGAUCGCGAGAGCCCCGUUGCACAACGAAUACGGCAUGGACAACUUUCCCAACGGAAUGAACGCCGUCGUUGCUGUCAUCUCCUACACCGGAUACGACAUGGACGACGCUAUGAUCUUGAACAAAUCUUCACACGAGCGCGGUUUUGGCCACGGAACCGUAUACAAGACGAAGAUCUGCGACCUCGAGGAAGGCAACCGAAAGAGCCGAGCAGCGAGGUCAGUGACCAAGUUAUUCGGCUUUGCCCCUGAGGGCUUGGUCAAGGCCGCAUCCAAAGAGACUCUUGACGAAGACGGUCUUCCACGUGUUGGCACUAUGCUGCGUCACGGCGACGUUAUUGCCGCAUGGCACAUUGUGUCAUACGACGCAGCUACCGGCGAAUACGUUAAUCGCGACGGCCAGACGCAGUUCUUCAAAUACAAGGACGAUGAACUUGCCUUCGUAGAAGAAGUCCGCAUCAUUGGAGCCGAAGACGGAACGCAACCCUGCCAAAAGCUCAGUAUCAAGCUGCGCAUUCCCCGUUCUCCCGUCGUCGGUGACAAGUUCUCUUCCCGUCACGGACAGAAGGGUGUCGUCAGUCAAAAGUUCCCCACACCAGACAUGCCCUUCUCCGAGAGCGGCAUGCAACCCGACGUCAUCAUCAACCCUCACGCCUUCCCCUCGCGUAUGACAAUCGGUAUGUUCGUCGAGUCGCUAGCCGGAAAAUCCGGUGCGCUCCACGGCAUGGCUCAAGACUCAACGCCCUUCCGUUUCGACGAGCAAAACACAGCCGUCGACUACUUUGGGCACCAGCUAUCGAAAGCAGGAUACAACUACUACGGCAACGAGCCCAUGUACUCUGGAAUCACAGGUCAAGAACUCCACGCAGACAUCUACAUUGGUGUGGUCUACUACCAACGUCUCCGUCACAUGGUAAACGACAAGUUCCAAGCCAGAACCACCGGCCCCGUUGUCUCCACAACCGGCCAACCCAUCAAAGGACGUAGCAAGGGCGGUGGUAUCCGUGUCGGAGAAAUGGAGCGCGACUCCCUGCUUGCCCACGGUACAGCCUUCCUACUGCAAGACCGUCUGAUGAACUGUUCCGACUACACGAAAGCUUCCAUAUGUCGUACUUGCGGCUCCUUCCUCAGCACUACACCUACCGUCGCUGAGUACGGCCGUAAGAAGGAUCGGAGCGGCAAGGAUCUCACGAUCCGCUGCAGGAGGUGUGCUGUCUUGGCGGAUGCGAAUAGCAGCAAAGCGGAUUUGUGGAUGGAUGCCCAAGGGAUGCGGUAUAGUGGUGGUGAGGACGUCGCUGUGGUGGCGGUACCUGGUGUGCUCAAGUUUUUGGACAUUGAGCUUGCUAGUAUGGGUGUGAGGCUGAAGUUCAAUGUUGGUCCAUAA